GUGUUAAUAAACACCCAAUGGAAAUCUUUGACCCAUACCCGACCCGGUUCUAGAUACUCAUACACUCUUGUUCUCUCUUCAUCGUCAUCAAUCAUUUUCUGAAGAUCACAAGCAAAGAAAUGGAGAGCGAUUCAGAGAUGGUUCCGUUUCCUCAGUUACCGACGCCAAUAGAAACCAGCUACAGGGCUUGCACCAUUCCUUAUAGAUUCCCUUCUGAUGAUCCCAGUAAAGCAACUCCUACUGAAAUCUCCUGGAUCAACGUCUUCGCUAAUUCCAUCCCUUCUUUCAAGAAACGUGCAGAGAGCGAUACAACGGUUCCAGAUGCUCCUGCUAAAGCUGAAAAAUUUGCAGAAAGAUAUGCGGGAAUUCUAGAAGACUUGAAGAAAGAUCCAGAGAGCCAUGGAGGACCACCAGAUGGCAUUCUGUUAUGCCGUCUUCGUGAGCAAGUACUCAGAGAAUUAGGAUUUAGGGACAUAUUCAAGAAAGUGAAGGAUGAGGAGAAUGCGAAGGCUAUAUCACUAUUUCCUGAAGUCGUCAGUCUGAGUGAUGCUAUUGAAGAUGACGGAAAACGGUUAGAGAAUUUGGUGAGAGGGAUAUUUGCUGGAAACAUCUUUGAUCUCGGUUCUGCGCAGCUUGCCGAAGUUUUCUCAAAGGAUGGUAUGUCUUUCUUGGCUAGCUGUGAAAAUUUGGUUCCACGACCAUGGGUCAUUGAUGACUUGGAAACCUUCCAAAGGAAAUGGAUCAAAAAGUCUUGGAAGAAGGCAGUGAUUUUUGUUGAUAAUUCUGGUGCAGACAUAAUUUUGGGUAUUUUACCGUUUGCAAGAGAGUUGCUCCGUCGAGGAACUCAGGUGGUGCUUGCUGCAAAUGAGCUGCCAUCUAUCAAUGACAUAACAUAUACCGAGCUUACAGAGAUCUUGUCACAGUUGAAGGAUGAAAAUGGCCAAUUGAUAGGCGUUGAUACCUCGAAGCUUCUGAUUGCAAAUUCAGGGAACGACUUACCAGUUAUUGAUCUCUCAAGAGUAUCACAGGAGCUUGCUUACCUUUCAUCUGAUGCUGACUUAGUCAUCGUAGAAGGCAUGGGUCGUGGAAUUGAGACAAACCUUUAUGCUCAGUUCAAGUGUGAUUCUCUAAAGAUUGGAAUGGUGAAGCAUCUUGAAGUAGCAGAGUUUCUUGGAGGACGGCUUUAUGACUGUGUUAUCAAAUACAAUGAAGUUCAGAGCUAACUAUAUUUCAGUAGUCUCCAGUCUCACUUCUCCCCUACUGUCAUUUUUUACUGAAUCGGGUACAAACUACAAAGAGUAAUGAUUUAUGUUCCUUUCCAUCUUGAUAUGGUAAGGUGUUUCUAGAACCGAAGGGAAGAAGUAAAAGAUUGUGUUUGUUCGACAAACAAAUUUGUUUUUAAGAUAACUUUUGUAUCAUUUACACAAGUUUUAUUAAUCCAAAUUUUUUCAUAAAA